AUGGUUUCUUCACUUUUACAAAUACUGCCACCUAUUGGGCAAUCUUUUGAAACAACGCAUGCCAAAACAUCUUCAUCAUCAGCUUCUACUUUUACCAUUAAUGAAAAAGAAAAUACAGCUCUUCGGCUAUCAAAGAGGGUCAUAGACCAUCGGCAUGAUCCUUUAUUGCACGCUCGUCGUCGUCGUUCAUCCGAUCCAUUCUUACAUACCGAGCAAGCUCAUGGCACGUUUGUCGUGUUGCAAUCGAUUCAUAGCUUCAUAUCCUUAAUGCUACAUACGCAGUUUCCUUCCAUUGCCCAAAGUCAAAAAGGAGAUCAUGAUGAAAGUACUCACGACCCAACAUCAUCCUCAUUGUCGGUUCACAGCAGCAACAGCAACAACCGCAGCCGAUCGUCACCCUAUAUGAUGUCACCUACUGAUCACGAUGGUGGUAUUUUGCCAAAAACUCCCACUGGUAGCAUCCCUAUCCCGAAAAGCCAUAUCAGCAAUCACCCAUCCGUGUGCCAAGAAACGAAUGAUGUCGACGACGAUCCGGUUGACGGAUUCCAAUUUGAUACCCACACUUUGUGUAAGCGUGAAUCGAGACCGGAUAUAUUUGAUUUGAGCUGGUCCUAUAUUACAAGCUCGUCAUCCUCAUUGUUUAACCAUACAUCAUCCCACCGCAAUGUGACUGAAGCACCACCGUGUCAACCACAAGCACAACAAGAAGCACCCAUGUGGACAAAGACACAUUGCUAUGUACGAGAUGUGCGAUCCAACGCCAGUGAAUUCCGUAUGCUUGCUGCAGAAGUCAACAUGGUGCGUGCAUCCAAAAUCACACGACCCUUAAGGAACCGUCAUUGGUUGGAAAAACGCCCUGACACUUUUGUUUGGGGUCGCAAAACUUGCUUGAGGAUCGUCAAUGUGGGGGAACACAACAAAUAA